AUGCUUGCAGCAAGAGCUGCAGCAAAUCGGAAGGUAGCAGAUGCAAGACGGGCAAGAGAGGCUUUAGAAUGGAAUACAGUGCGUGACCAUACGCCUUUAGAAGAGCACAGUGAGAUCACAUCUUCGGCAAAUCAUAACGAAGGCAAGCCUGAAAAAGCGGUCACUUUAGACCAAACAAUACCAUUGGUGACAGCACAAACGUCUACGUUACCAUCUGAAGAUGGAAAAUCUAGUGUGAGCGAAAAAGCUGAUCUGACAACAACGCCCGAAAAUGACGAAAAUGACAUUAUUCAUAGAAUUUCUUUAGUUGGUCUUACGGGUGCUCGACUGCAUUAUGUGAUGCUUUCGAAUAUCGCCAUUGCAACGCUUAACAACACGUGGUUUAACUCCAUUGUGAUGUUAUGUAUCUCAUGGGCCUCAUUAUCGGUUGGGCUUCAGACUUACCCAGUGCUUGGAGAAAGUGUUAUUCUUAACAAUAUGGAUUUCUUUGUUCUCGCUGUAUUUAUUCUUGAAGCAUGCAUCAAGAUUUUGGCUGAAGGACUUUAUCCAUGGCGAUUCUUUACCGGAAAAGAAAUGCGAUGGAAUUGUUUUGACUUUGCGAUUAUAAUCAUGAGCUUGCCGAUAUGGGGCUCGGCUCUUGGAGGCAGUAGUAUCGCCAUUCUUCGUAUGCUUCGACUCAUGAGGAUUAUGAAACUUGUGAAACGUAUUCCACAGCUUUAUAUGAUUGUAAUGGGGCUUAUUGGUGGUUUGAAAUCCAUUGGCUAUAUCAUGUUGCUACUUUUCCUUGUUUUUUACCUCUACGCCAUCUCUGGAAUGUACGCUUGGCAAGAUAAUGACACUUUUCAUUUUCGAAGUGUACCAAUUGCUAUGAUUACCCUUUUUCGGAUGAGCACGCUUGAGAACUGGUCAGCCAUUAUGGAUAUUAACUACUUUGGAUGUGAUCGCUUUGCUGGAGGAUAUUAUUCUACUGAUCCAGCUGCUGCCGCAAGCUUUCAAUAUUGCAACGCUACUCGAGUAUACGGUGCCAAUGUGACCGAAAGCUCAUUGGCAUCGCAACGUGCUAUGAACCAGGUCGUUGCUUCUUUAUAUUUUAUCACGUUUAUUCUUAUCUCUGCAUUUGUCAUGCUUUCGCUCUUCAUUGGUGCCAUCACUAUGAGCAUGACGCAAAGUAUGGAAAAUAUGAAGAAAGCACAGGAAGAAGCAGAGACGAAAAAACGAGCUGAAAAAGCACGUAAACGGGCUUUGGAAGCAGAGCAACGACUUCGAGAAGCUGAGAAAUUACGGGCAGCUGGUGUAGCAAAAGAAGGAAGCGGAUUUAACAUUGUCAAAACGGGAAAACUUUCUGCAGCUGAGCGGAGAGAACGACAAAAAAUGCGUGAAGUCUUAAUGCAGACAUGGGAUGACUGUGAUCUCACUGACAUUUUAACACAACAGCAAGGAGACACGAGGACUUUGAAAGGAACAUACUUAAAAGUCGCUGGCAUUGCUAUGAAAAUUGUGGAACAUCCGAAAUUUUCGCUCUUUGUCACUUGUGUCAUCAUUUUAGCAGGACUUAUGGUUGGGCUGCAGACGUCUGCAGACGUCGUAGAUGUGCUCGGGUCAUUACUUUCUGGUCUUGAUACAGCUAUUCUAUCUGUGUUUACAGCUGAAGUUGUUUUGAAAAUUCUUGCUGAAGGCUUGGAGCCUUGGAAUUUUUUCCGUGGGGCAUGGAAUUUCUUUGAUUUUGUCAUUGUUGUUGGUAGCUUUACACGCGGAUCAGGUGGCAUGCUAACCAUGUUGCGACUACUACGACUAUUGCGUGUGCUAAAGCUUGUAAGAGCUUUUCCACAACUCCAAGUUAUUGUUUCGGCUUUGAUCAAAGGUGUGGGUUCAAUUGGAUAUAUUGGUUUGAUUUUGCUUCUCUGCUUUUACGUUUUCGGCAUUGUUGGAAACAUGCUCUUUGCUGAGAAUGACCCAUUCCAUUUUCAAUAUCUACACUUUGCAAUGAUUUCGCUCUUUCAAUUGGCAACGAUGGAUGGCUGGAGCGAUGUAUUGUAUAUUAAUUAUUAUGGUUGCGAUCUAUACGGCUACGAUGAUUAUCGGGAAUUGGGAUACCAGUGUAAACAUCAGCCUACUGGGAUUCUAGCCGUGCUGUACUUCUGCUCCUUUAUCGUUCUUGGUGCGAUGGUUCUUAUUACUUUAUUCAUUGGUGUGGUCACUACAAGCAUGGAAGAAGCGACACAAGAAAUGGAAGCAGAAAAAGAAAUGCUGCGACGUGUCGAAGCUUUACGCACCCAACACAAUAUUGAUACCAAAGUCGUUUCUUCAUACAUGCAAGUCUUUCAUAUGCUUGAUCUCGAUGGCAGUGGCUCGGUUGAAGAAGCCGAGUUGCGUACCGGUCUGGCAGCUAUUGGAAAGUACCCGAGCUAUGAAGAACUGAAAGAAAUGAUGGACGUCGUUGAUGAAGAUGGCAGCGGCCAGAUUGAUAUUGUCGAAUUUGUCGAGUUCAUGAUUCAUGUGCGCGAAAAGUCGAAUCAGCAACACGCGGCUCGGUUAGAAAUUGAAGCUGAAGAAAAAGCGGUAACAUCCGAUAGUUCAAGCACAGACCCCGAUGUGAUAGAUGAUGUCGAGACCGAAGAGGCAUCUUCGUCAGGACAAUACAAGAGCUUGAUUGGGAAUGAAGCUAAAACUGACAGUCAAAACGAUGCUGAAGUCGCCGCUCGAGUCCUUGCUAUUAGUACAAAGAGCAACGACGAGAUCAAUAUCGCACCAUUCGUUGACCAUCCAAGCCGGUCAUGGCCAUCUCCUCGUACAUCGUUUCAAAACGGCAGGAUCAAAUCCUAUUCUGACAAAGGAAUUUCGAAUCUGAAUGGUGAGGCGAAAAUAUCCCAAACGACGAAGUCAACCAUGCUUUUCGAUGUUGAAGCCGCGUCCGACGACAAAAGCGAAAUACCGUUACUAGCUCAAGCAAUAUCAGCUCGACAGCGCUCUGGCCGAGUAACCAAUAAAAUAGUCCCAUCAACAUAG